ACACAUAUUACGGUCAUGCCUCGGAGUAUAUCUGCCAUAGCAGGUGACAACAUAACAUUGCAAUGUCAAGCUAACGGAGACCCUAUUCCCAAAGUUCAAUGGCUUAUUAAUAAUACGAAUAUUAAUCAAGCUUAUCAACAUGGUAUUACUACCAUUAAUGGUAAGAGUACCUUAGCGAUCAAUAAUAUUGGUAAUGCUGAUAAAGGAAGUUACAGCUGCCGUUUCAGCAACGCUCUUGGCAUUAAUUUAACGACUAAAGCUUUGGUUUCUGUUUACGGUCAGAUUACAACAUGA